CCAAAUAGACGCUAAAUGUUAUAGUGUCAAGUAACACAAAAAGCUGUCAAAACACAGAAAAGAUAAUCUUAAAAGCUUGAAUUUUACGUAUAAGUGUAAAAUGAGGCUGUAGUUUGUAUUUAUCAGAGUAUUUACGAAAUGGACGACACUGAAAGUACGACAACGUCAGCGGAUGAGAACACUGGUAACUUGUGUGACAAUCCUACCCGAGACACCCUUGCCGAGGGUUUGCUUGGUCUUUUGAAGCCUACCGUCGAUCAAUUAGACGACAGAGUAAGAGCCACUAGAAUUUCCCAAUUAGAACUAAAGCAACAGAUAGACUCCUUGAAUGAAGAGCUACAGAAUGUGCGAGAGGCUCUGAACAACCACCCUGACCUGGACCCCUAUGUGAAGAAGCUAAUAUCUUGUAAACACAAAGUUACUGUUGCUUUGAAUGUGUUACAAGCAUCACAGGAUAGACUGAAUGAAAUUAGACGGAUGGUGAACAAAGAGAAGAGUGUUAGAACAACUGUUAUCACUGAGCCACCUCCAGAGCCUGAGCAGGGCACCAGCGGAGUGGUCUCCGAGAAGGGAAGCAUUAACUAGCAACAUGGAGACCCCAUACCAAAACCAUAUCAACAAAGCUGACUUUGACCAUGUCUACGAACCAGCCGAGGACAGCUUCCUACUCAUUGACGCCUUAGAAAAAGAUCUAGAAUAUUUAAAGAAGAAAAACCCCACAUUUUGUCUAGAGGUCGGCUCUGGUAGUGGUGUCGUCAUAACAGCUUUCGGUAUGGCAUUCCCACAGACAUUCUGUAUCAGCACUGAUGUUAAUUUAAAAGCUUGCGUCAUGUCAAAGCAAACGGCUGCUUACAAUAAAGUUAAUUUAGAUGCGUGCAAUAUGGAUUUGGCUAGUUCCUUUACCAACAAUAAGUUUGAUGUGAUAAUCUUUAAUCCGCCGUAUGUGGUGACUGACAGUGAUGAGUGUGGCGGUACCGAUAUCACAGCUAGCUGGGCAGGCGGGACCAAGGGCCGCGAGAUUACAGACAGACUGCUCAACAUGAUACCAAAGAAACUAGCUAAUGAUGGAGUGUUUUACCUCCUGCUUAUUGAAGAAAACAUUCCUGAUGAAGUUGUUCAGAUCAUGAGCAGUCACGGAUACAUGUCUGAGACUGUAGUGAAGAGAAAAGUACGUAAUGAGCAACAAUUAGUUAUAAAGUUCUUUAUGUGAAAGUUAUAUAUGUGGCAUGCAAUAAAUAUCCUAUAAACAGUUAUGAUCACAGACUAGUUUAACCUUACUCUGACUGGCCACAAAAGUAAGACAACCUACAGUUUAUUAGUUUCUAGCAUAAUAAACCUACAGUUAAGUUGCUACUGCAUUCAGUUUGUUAUGUAUUUUAUAAGUUUAACAAUAUAUUGUAUAUUUUGUAAGGAAAAAAA